AUGGGCUGUGUGCUCCCUCAGAGAUCACAUGACCAGAACUAAUGCAGUUCUAACUGUAACGGAAGUAGGCGCCCCUUAAUUUUUUAAAUGGCAAUUUCUAUUUAGGAUUACCUAAUGGUACAUACUUCUAAUAUUUUUAUGAAAAUGGUUUAUUUAGAUGAAGCGGGGUUUUCCAUGUGCUGCAUUACCUACAUUGUUUGGGGGUAUCGUUUCUUUUAAGUUAUGAUUGUUGUGUCAUAUAAGAACAUUUACCCAUCUGACCCGAUAGGAAGAGCUCUUUUGUCAUAUACCUGCCUAUUGACAUGAUAAAACACACACACACAUAUAUAUAUAUAUAUACAUACAGUAUAUACAUAAAUAGUAUAUAUUAGAGAAUUUAGAGUCAAAUGCUUAUGAUCAGUAGCUGAUGCUGCAGCUUUUGUAGAAGUGGUUCUUUAAUGUGUAAACAGAUAUUUGUGUUUUGGAGUCCUCCAGACUUGAGAAUGAUUGUUGUACUGCAGUUUAUGGCUCUCUGCUUGGCUCUGGUCUCCACGUUAUUCCUGAUCGUGGCCACCUGGACAGACUGCUGGAUGGUUAAUGCCGAUGACAGCUUAGAGGUCAGUCAGAAAUGUCGUGGUCUGUGGUGGGAAUGUGUGACCAAUACACAGGAUGGAAUAAAAACAUGUGACCAAUAUGAUUCUAUUUUAGCGGAGCACCCGUUAAAAAUAGUGCUUACAAGAGCCCUGAUGAUCACAGCAGAUAUACUGGCAAGCUUUGCUCUAAUAAUACUGGUUCUAGGUCUCGAUGCUGUCAAGUUCCUAAGAUCAGAGCCCCAUAUCAAACUACGCAUGUGUUAUAUGGCUGGCUUCAUAUUUGGCAUUGGAGGUAUCCCAGGAAUGAUUGGCUCAGUGUGGUACGCAGUCGAUGUGUAUGUAGAAAGGGCGACUCUUGUAUUACAGAAUGUAUUUCUUGGGAUUCAUUAUGAGUUUGGCUGGUCUUGCUGGCUGGGAAUGGCUGGUUCUACUGGCUGUUUUUUGGCUUCAAUAGUUCUUACUUGCUGUCUUUAUAUCUUUAGAGAUCUUGGAUCAUAUUCAAGGAACCAGCGAUCCAUUUAUAAAUAUGGAAGAACUGCAACUGGCAAAAUGUAUGCCAUGGACUCCAGAGUGUAAUCUGCAAGAAGAAAAAGCUGAUCAUCUGCACUAAGUCUUCUAAUGCAAACCUCCAUCUUGUGUGUAUGUGUGUAUAUUUAUACCAGAUGUGUACAAGUUGAAGGGUGUAAAUACAGAAUUUAUGGUCGUCUGUAUAGUUGUCUUUUAUAGAGACUUGAUGUGAAAGGUCGUUAAUAUUGUAUCUCGCUUAACUGAAUGCUGUUGCAAAUGUAUAUUCAUUUAAAUGUUCUGGUAUUAAAUCUUUAAAAAUGGAUAAACCACUGCACUUUAAUGGAAUAUUUUAGAGAAAGUUCUCAAAAAUAUCCAAGCCACUUUUAUUCAAAGGAGCUCAAUAAUUCAAGCACAUGCUGCUAAUUUAAGAGGAAACACAUAUUUAUAAAUCUAUACGUAAACAUUUCCCAUGACAUGGCAGGAAAUAUGACACAAUAUUUAAAGGAUGCUGGUUGUCAGCUCCCAUGUUGCUUCAUAAUUUAGAUGUGGAGGUGUAAGUGACUUGUGUACAGUCAGAGAGUGCUCAGAAAGCAGAACUAUUAAAAAUGGCUCCCAGCUACUGAAAGGCAGUAAUAAUAAAAUGUGUCAAGCGUUGUCCUGCCUUGAAAUAUUCUCCCCAUAUCUUUGGGAAUAGUGUUCUUUCUAUAAUCAGACACCACUGUAGAGUAAAUACAGUUUCUGCAUGACGACAACAGGAUAACAGAUUUAGUUUAUAACAAGACAUCUGUCCAUUAAGUUCUCAACUGCAAAAUACUCUGCAAGUCGAACCAGAUAAAGGCACAGAAAAACCACCAUCAGAUCAGACAUCUGUUCAUACACACAGAGUAAGGAGUCUGUAUGUGACCAUUUCUAGGUACUGGAAUAUGGGAUUGUAGGAGAGCCCUUAUGUUUUGUAUAUUAGAAUUGUAUAGUACUCUUUUCUAAUUAGCAACUAAUUAGCAAAGGAAAAAUUAUGACUGUGUUGGGAGGGUUGACAAUAGAAUCAGCAAUUAACAAUAAGUGAUAAGGCUAAAACCGUAUGGGUCGAACGUUUCACAAAUUGUGAGGCAACAGGCAAAUUACAUAAAGAAAAACUAUACCCCAAACAAUGUAGGUCUCUAUAAAAAUAUACUGCAUAAACAAGCUCAUAUGUAAAA